AGAAGAGAAGAGAACAGUAAAACAGACCAACCCACUAUAGGAAUAUGGAGAGAGAGGGAGGAGUUUGAAGUUUGAACUUUGGAGUGAGAUGGAAAGGGAAGAAAAAGGUAGAGAUGGGGCAGCUGAAAAGCAGGAAUUUCUGGGGAUAAAGUUAAAACGCGGGAUUUCGGUAGGGAAAAGAGGGGGCACUUGCACUCCAGUGCCCAUCUGGAAACUUGGGUAUGCGCCGGAUAGCACCAUCAAAGACCCUAUCACAGUACCCCCCACCGUCUCUGCUAGAACGCUCGGUGCCAACCUCUGGGAACUCCAGCACCUGCCGCUUUCUAAAAUGAACAAGGCUGGUCUCAGGCUUCGUCACCACAAGGACAAGGGUCUUGAGCUUCCCACCCAUUUGGCCGAUCCUUCUUAUAGUCCUCCCCCUGCACAGCCGGACAGUGCUAGUAGUUUGAGGAGGCAUGUUGCAGCAUCAUUAAUGCAGCACCAUCAAUCAAUUGAAAGGAAUGGUCGCGCUCGACAGCCUAUGUCUCUUGCAAGUUAUAGUAGUUCAUUGGAGGUGGCAGCUUAUAACCCUGCUGUCACUCCUAGUAGUUCUUUGGAACUCAAGGGAAGGCUUGGGGAGACGGGUUAUAGCCUUAAAACAUCUGCAGAAUUACUAAAAGUAUUGAACCGGAUUUGGAGCCUUGAAGAACAGCAUAUGUCCAACAUAGCAUUGGUGAAAGCACUUAAAUUUGAGCUGGGUCAUUCUCGAACUCGGAUCAAAGAGCUGCUGCAAGAACAGCAAGCAGACCGACAAGAAAUAGAUGAUUUGAUGAAGCAAGUUGCCGAGGACAAAGUGGUCAGGAAGAGCAAGGAGCAAAGCCGCAUCAAGGCUGCAGUUCAGUCUGUCAGGGAUGAACUAGAAGAUGAGAGGAAGUUAAGAAAGCGCUCCGAAAGCCUGCAUCGGAAGUUAGCACGAGAGCUGUCGGAGAUGAAGUCUGCCUUCUCAAAGACCCUGAAAGAACUUGAAAGAGAGAGAAAAGCAAGGGCUUUGUUGGAAAACCUAUGUGAUGAGUUUGCUCGGGGAAUAGGAGAUUAUGAUCAGGAGGUGCGGACAAUAAAACACAAAUCUAACAAGGAUCAUGGUGGCGGGGAUGACCAUGACCUGAUGAUCCUUCAUAUUUCUGAGGCAUGGCUUGAUGAGCGGAUGCAGAUGAAGCUUGCAGAAGCUCGUUCUGAUCUCACUGAAAAGAACAUGAUAGUGGAGAAGUUAAGCUCUGAAAUAGAGACCUUCCUUCAAGCAAAGCGAUCUGGUAGUUCUAGGAGCAAUGAUGUCUUCGCUAAAGAUCACGACAGCUACUUGCGUCACCAUUCUCUUGAGUCUGUCCACUUGAAUGAGGCUGUUAGUGCACCAAAUGAUCCAGAAGACGAAGAAGAUACUCUUGGCAACGAUUCUCACUGUUUUGAACUGAACAAGUGUGUCAAGGACAAGCAAACCAAUCAUUGGUCUAGGUCUAAUUUAGAAGAAGAUGGAGAAGAUAAACUGGAAGAAAUGAAGUCUUGCCCUACAAAGAAGAAGCCAGGCUCCCGUGAAAGGAUCAAGGGCCAUAAUCCCUCCAACUUGCAAGUGCAGUUUGAACAACAAAUUGCAAGGGCAAUGUCAUGUAAUGGAAAGACCCAGGUUAUGGAUAAGGAGCAGGGGAAGGUGGGAGAAGAUGUAAACCCAGUUGAAAUAAGCAUUUCUCAGAAGUCCGAGAACUAUGCAGUUACACAAGAGGGCAGCCAUGAAAGAAAGAGUAAACGGGAUGGGAACCAUGGAUCAAACUCAAACCACGUGAUUGAUGACUUAAUUAGAAGCGAGUCUUUUGAGGAAGGUAGUAAGGUUCAUCCUGAAAAUUGCAAGGAAGAAUUAUGCAGUCGCACGUCAUGGAGGGGUCAUGCCAGCCCAGUACGACAAUGGGUGUCAAGAUUCACUUCCCCAGACCUCGACAUAUCUGAAUCUUCAUCAAAAUGGACACGGGGCUCAAAGGAAAAUACUUUGAAAGCAAAACUACUCGAAGCAAGGUUAGAGGGGCAGCGUUCUCGCCUAAGAUCUUCCAAAGGUUCUUCGUAGGUUGAUGGCAACAAUGAUUUCAGCUGACAAACAAUCCUGAUCAAGAAUCUGUGGGUUUUUGUGCACAUCAUCCGAGGUACUUCUCUCUAAAUUAGAAUGUUGCGAUGUGUUUCCAUUGUAUGCCAUAUACUUUUUCCCCACUUCUGUAAUUUUGGGAAUUACCUCUGUAUAUGAAAAUUGUAUUGUUAUUACAUGGUUACAUAGGGAUCAUAAAAGAUUUUAAGUUGACGGGAUUCUAAUAA